UUUCUUUUCCAAAAACUGGACACAAAAAAAACCUCUUAUGUAUUAAUAUUCUUUCACUAACCCUUUUCCUUAGCAAUCUCCAUUAUUAUUGUGUGUAGCCACAACAUGGAGAACACCCAUUUCUCAUCCAAGAAUCAAGAAUCCACCAAACCCAUUCACCUGAUUCUUGCUUCUCCGGCCAAAACAAACACGGGUUCUUUUUCUUGGCUGGAAUAUAAUUCACUCUCCAAGUUACAGGUGUUGCCUCCUAAAAAUGAACCUGAUCAAUAUAGCUCAUUUUCAUCACCUAGACGGCAUGUUCACCAGUCAAACGACAACGAGGCAUCGCGUAAAGAUUUUGUGGGACGAGAAAGGUUGAAGAGGCACAGAGAAGAGGUUGCUGGACAAGUGAGCAUACCAGAAACAUGGAGUCAAGAAAAUUUUCUUAAAGAUUGGGUUGAUUAUUCUUCAUUUGAUAAUUUGUUAGCCCCUAAUGGAAUUGCAUCAGCUCGUCAAGCAUUAAUGGCUGAAGGACGCAGAGCAAGCUAUUAAAGACGGAGGAUAGAAAAUAGGUGUUGAAAUUUUUUUUUUUCUUUUUUCCUUUUUCUUUUGUUUUUGUGAGAUUUAGUAAUAACUAAUUAAACAAGAGAUAUAUUUAUCUAGCAGCGUAACACGUUUUCAGUCUUUAAAAUCAUGCAUGCAAUCUUGAAUUUCAGUUUUCAUGGUUGCAAAUAAAUAAAAGUGGAAGCACGUGAAACUUCAA